AUGUCGGUCCUCGCCGAGCUGACGCCCGACCACACCCCUGGUGCUCGAGUAUGUCCACACGUCAAGCCCACCUCCAUCUCCGCCAGCAAGCAUCCUACAGCCAGUCCUCAUCUCCAGCUUCCUGGCACCACGACCGGCCCCAGCCUACAUCCGCUCAACCUGAAUGUCAUCACCAACGCUUGCGUCCUUCUCGAGCAGCUGCAGACCCUCGAGCACGGAUGUGCCGCCGCACGUGCGCGCAUUUGUACCAAGUACGACCUCGUGGGCGAGCUUGAGAAGCGUCUACGCACGCUCAAACUCAGUCGGCCGAGAGACGACGAUCUGGAUUCGUGCACCUCUGACCUCUCGCUCGAGACGGCCGAGACGAGCGCUCGGCAUACUUUGGUCUCGGCUCUAGCUCUGGUUCAGACGCAAAAUCAAGCUCAGGACACUGAUAACGCAUCUCCACAGCCUACGAACCCGGCUGCAUCACAGUCUUCGCCGGUAUCCCAUAGGACACCGCUGAUAUCACCGCGGCUACGUGGUAUGUUCGAUCUUUACGGACCGGGGGGAGAUAUUACCCGCGAUAGCUUCCCUGGGCCUGGCAUGGACUUCAAGUCGCCGAGUGUGUACAGCGAGCGCUCGUCGAUGAAUCGCGCUGCUACUGGACCGGCGGGCGAAGGAGAGGAAGACUGCUAUGGUAUUUGGGAAGCAGCUACGUGUAGCCUCUUUGAGUCAUCUCCUUGCCAAAAAGGUAGCGGCAACUGUCCCUCUCAGGCAUGCAUCUCUCAGGCCUCCCUAAACCCGAAUAAGGCCACCCAGGACCUGCCUACCAAGGACAACUCCCCGAUCCACUGCACGCGCGAAUCAAGUACAGAAAAACAGGCGGAGAAGGGAACGAUUGCGGCAAGCCGCUCAGAAUCAAGGAGCCCACCAAUCCUUGACAUUCCCCUACUUGAGCCUCCGAGGAGCGAUGGCAAAACUACUAGCUUGAAAAAGCAGAAGUACAAGGGAAAACAAGAGGGAACCGACUCCGUCCCAAUCUCUAGCUCGAGACGCUUUGGGAUCACGCACGCCGUCUCUCUCCUUCACUUCUCCGUCUCCGAACGAUCUCAACGGCCCUCCUAUCCGCCUGAGUCGGACGCAGCCACCGCGCCGUCUGUUCUCAUAAGGCGGGCAUCAAACAAGAUGCAUCCUCAAGCUUCGACUCCAAGGACGUUCAGCCCCUCCGUCACUUCGUCGUCGAUAAAGCCAAAGAAGAAGGUGAAAGACGCAGCAAGCGUUAAGCGCCGCGCAUCGCAGAAGCAAAAGAAGCAGAAGCGGGCCUUUGGUAUCGAGCGUAGCGCAGGAAAGCCCAGCGCUCUGGGUAGGCUGCUGUUGAAGAGACGGAAGAGCGGCAAGAAAGCUGCCACGCCAGGCUGAGGUGUAUUUGCUGGGCGGUUGAAGAUUGUUACGCUGCGCCAUAAUUACUCGGCCACCUCAUGUUGUACUGGUCGUUCUGUCAACUUCAACUUUUUGGGUCUGUAUGGCCUUCGCGCUAAAAGC